AUGAUGGAGUUCGCUUUGGAGCCCGAGUCCACCGAGUCCCUGCAGGCCACACUCGCUUUCAUCGACGAAACUCUAGGCGACACGAGCCCCGUCCAGUUGCAUUCGCCCAUCACCCACGCGCAGUCGACCGACAGCGACGACUGGGAGACAUCCCACCUGCUCGACGACUUCCUGACCGACAUCUCCUCGGACGCGUCCUCUCACCUCGCGUUGCAGCAGAUGUCGCCCUCAUCCCACUCAAUUAUUCGAGUCUUCAAGUCCUCGGAGCGCUGUUCCGACUCCCCCUUCGGCCGCAAGAAGCGACGCAGCUACAACCCGAACAAGGCACGCGAGGAUCUCCAGCGAGAGUUGACGUAUCUCCGUAGUGAAGCUGAGGAGCUUACAUAUAAGCUGCACCAGCUGCAGAGUCUUAAGGUCGCUAAGACCAAAGAAGGCUCCAGUGCCCGUCAGUUGACAGCUCAAACUAGAAAUGAUAGCAGCCCGUUUGUAUGGGAGCAAACCUGCGCUCGCCAACUCGACUGUCGACUGAGAUCCGAGCGUGAGAAUGCUCAUCUAAAAACGCUUUUGGAGGGCCAGAUCCAGGUCGCUAACAGCCUCGAGAAGCUUCUGAACAAGCGCACGACGCUGUACCCAUCGGAGUCCUCCGGCAGUAAACAGACCUCGCGUAUUCACGUGUCGAGAACCGGCAACGAGGUGACCGACGCCGCCGUAUUCGAGGAACUGGCUGAUGGUGUCGCCGCGUCGUACCGUGAAGUGGAGCGUGUGUUCGCUUCCAGUGGCCUCGAACUAUCGAACGUGACGUCACGUAAGGCCCAGAUGCGCGACGAUAAGAACCGCAUGUUCCUGGAGAUUUUCGACAGUAAAGUGCUGCCGUUCAGUAACUGA